ACAUAGUCAAACACAAUUCUUCCUCCUUGUAAAAAGAAAGAAAAAAAUGGUUCUUCCUUAGACCCUCCGUCAUCUUCCAAAAGAGUCCACCAUCCAAUUCACCAACCAUUAAGAAUUGAUUAUUGAUUUUGACACCUAUCUCCCUCCAACCCAUCAUCUCAAAUCCUUUGAUCUCACUCAACCUUCUCUCUCUCUCUCUCUUCCACUCAAAAAAUCAGAACCCAUGUUCCAUAACCACAACCUCGUAAAAACAAGAACCAGCAACAACAUUAAACAAGACAAACUACUCUUUCCUUAACAUGGGUUCCGAUCCGUUUUCAACAUUAACUUCAACAAAACCAACACCAAUACCAACACAAGAUCAAGAAGAAGAACACGAUUCACUAGCUCUUCUCUCUUUCAACACCGAAACUUCUUCAUCUUCUACACUUUCUCCUUCUUCCCACAAAACCCUCUUCAUCUUUCUCAUAAUCAUCACCUCCAUUUCACUCUCCACAGCUUUUGCCUUUGUCUUUCUCUUCUUCUCUUCAUCUUCAUCUUCAUCUUCAUCACCAACAACAACCACUCACAACAAUUCUUCUUUUCCUUUAACCACCAUAGCUCGUCCUCUCAAAAAACUCAAACACCCAGUAGUACUGUUAAUUUCCUCAGAUGGGUUUCGAUUUGGAUACCAAUUCAAAACCUUCACUCCAAGUAUAACCCGUUUGAUUAAAAAUGGAACAGAAGCUGAAACAGGUUUGAUUCCUGUUUUUCCAUCCUUAACUUUCCCUAAUCAUUACUCAAUUGUUACUGGACUCUACCCUGCUUAUCAUGGAAUAAUCAAUAACCAUUUUUUGGAUCCAAUUUCUGGUGAACAAUUUUACAUGGGAAGCCAUGAUCCCAAAUGGUGGCUUGGUGAACCUUUAUGGGAAACUGUUGUGAAAAAUGGGUUGAAAGCUUCUACUUAUUUUUGGCCUGGUUCUGAGGUAAAAAAAGGUUCUUGGUCUUGUCCUUUGAAUUAUUGUUUGCAUUAUAAUGGUUCUGUUCCUUUUGAGAAAAGGGUUGAUUCUGUUUUGAGUUAUUUUGAUUUGCCUAGUGAUGAAAUUCCUGAUUUUAUGACACUUUAUUUUGAGGACCCUGAUCAUCAGGGUCAUAAGUUUGGUGCUGAUGAUCCUGAGAUUACUCAAGCUGUUUCUAGGAUUGAUAAGAUGAUAGGUAGGUUGAUUACUGGUUUGGAACAAAGAGGAUUUUUUGAGGAUGUUAGUAUUAUUAUGGUAGGUGAUCAUGGAAUGGUUGGUACUUGUGAUAAAAAAUUGAUUUUUCUUGAUGAUUUAGUGUCUUGGAUUGAUAUACCGGAAAGUUGGGUUGUUACGCAUAGUCCGGUACUUGCGAUUCGUCCGACUUCUGGUUAUGAACCAUCAGAUGUUGUUGCCAAGAUGAAUGAAGGGUUAAGUUCGGGGAAAGUUGGAAAUGGGAAAAAUUUGAGGAUGUAUCUUAAGGAGGAUUUACCUAAUAGGCUUCAUUAUGCAUCCAGCGAUCGGAUUCCGCCUAUAAUUGGUUUGAUUGAAGAAGGUUUUAAGGUUGAGCAAAAGAAAACGAAACGACAAGAAUGCGGCGGAUCGCAUGGUUAUGACAAUUCUUUUUUCUCCAUGAGGAGCAUUUUCAUUGGUCAUGGUCCUCAAUUUGCAAGAGGAAGGAAGAUACCUUCAUUUGAGAAUGUUGAGAUUUAUAAUUUGGUUACUUCUAUUCUCAAGAUAAAGGGUGCACCUAAUAACGGCUCUGCCUCAUUUGUAGAGUCUGUUCUUCUAUCUGUUGCAUAAGACUAUGUCAGAUUUUGUUGGUAGACAUUGAACACUGGUAAUUUUUUUUUGUGAAAAUCGAGAUUCUACCUAGGAUCAGGAGGGUACAAAAUUAUUUGAUUGCUGAGUUGAACCAUAGUUUGCUCCCUAUGGAAGAGAUGUUCAUACCAAAUUCAUUCAUUUGUAGUUUCAAGUAAAACAAUAAAGGUACUUCUAUUUCCAUAUAUUUAGUUUCAAUUUUAUAUGUUAUGAGCUAAUGAAGUAGAGGACAACCUUAGUUUCAAAGAUUGUUUUACUUUGGAUUUGUAAAUAAUAUACAAUCAAAGAAUUUUGAUGAUCUUGAUAACUUCUUUUCAUGUUCCACUUUA